AUGGCAAGCACGGGCAGGGCCAACAGCAACCACGGCAAGAGAACAGCAAGCUGGUUCAAGACGUCGCUCUGCCGGCGGGCGCUCACAGUGAGAGCUCUUAAGGUGAAGGGUAAAACUUCAUUGGUUCAUUCGUCCAAAUGCACGUACUUACAAGGCCCCGCCAUGCGAACCCCAGAUCAGAUCCUCCACACCUGGCGCAUCCUGCCUCCUGGUCCAUGUUGUGUCGUGCAAUGGGUGUCAUGA